CGCCGGGUUGCGGGCCCUGAGCGCCGCGGGGGGCGCGCACCAUGAACUCGUGGGACGCGGGCCUGGUGGGGCUGCUGGUGGGCACGAUGGGCGUCUCGCUGCUGUCCAACGCGCUGGUGCUGCUCUGCCUGCUGCACAGCGCGGACAUCCGCCGCCAGGCGCCGGCGCUCUUCACCCUGAACCUCACGUGCGGGAACCUGCUGUGCACCGUGGUCAACAUGCCGCUCACGCUGGCCGGCGUCGUGGCGCAGCGGCAGCCGGCGGGCGACCGCCUGUGCCGCCUGGCUGCCUUCCUUGACACCUUCCUGGCGGCCAACUCCAUGCUCAGCAUGGCCGCACUCAGCAUCGACCGCUGGGUGGCCGUGGUCUUCCCGCUGAGCUACCGGGCCAAGAUGCGCCUCCGCGACGCGGCGCUCAUGGUGGCCUACACGUGGCUGCACGCGCUCACCUUCCCAGCCACCGCGCUCGCCCUGUCCUGGCUCGGCUUCCACCAGCUGUACGCCUCGUGCACGCUGUGCAGCCGGCGGCCGGACGAGCGCCUGCGCUUCGCCGUCUUCACUGGCGCCUUCCACGCUCUCAGCUUCCUGCUCUCCUUCGUCGUGCUCUGCUGCACGUACCUCAAGGUGCUCAAGGUGGCCCGCUUCCAUUGCAAGCGCAUCGACGUGAUCACCAUGCAGACGCUCGUGCUGCUCGUGGACCUGCACCCCAGUGUGCGGGAACGCUGUCUGGAGGAGCAGAAGCGGAGGCGACAGCGAGCCACCAAGAAGAUCAGCACCUUCAUAGGGACCUUCCUUGUGUGCUUCGCACCCUAUGUGAUCACCAGGCUAGUGGAGCUCUUCUCCACCGUGCCCAUCGGCUCCCACUGGGGGGUGCUGUCCAAGUGCUUGGCCUACAGCAAGGCCGCGUCCGACCCCUUUGUGUACUCCUUACUGCGACACCAGUACCGCAAAAGCUGCAAGGAGAUUCUGAACAGGCUCCUGCACAGACGCUCCAUCCACUCCUCUGGCCUCACGGGCGACUCUCACAGCCAGAACAUUCUGCCGGUGUCUGAGUGAAGGACCACGCUCCUGCUGAAGAGUUUAGAAUGAGGCAGCGGUGAGAAGAAGGGAGGGAGGGCGUGGGGGCCCCUGGGUGGACACCACCAGCUGCCAGUCCCUGGCACGCCCAGUGAUCCUGGUUCCCUGGCUUGUAGAGGCUCCAGAGCCUGCUUCCUGAUUCCUCAAGGGCAGACAUUGGACACUCACUAUUUGUCACCAAAGGAUGACUGUGGGCCGUGUGCUGGCCUUUCUUUCUAAGAAGCUCCUUUGAGCUCCUGGACUCACCUGAGGCUCCCUGGGGGAUGACACUCAGUUCUGUCACUGUCAAGGAUGCAGAGAGCUGAUGGUAGGUGGGGAGCAUGGUGUCCACCUGCCUGCUGACCACUGGGCGCUACUCCAUGCUGAAGAAAAGUGACAGUCUCCAGGGGACAUUUCAGCCAUGCUGAAAGGGAGGCUGGCAGUGGUCAUUUGGCCCGGAUCUAACAUGGCACCUCGUCUCCACAGGGUAGUGACGGCUGCUUCAACCCAAAUAUUAUUCAGCUGGUACUAACGACAUUGUGCCCAGCUGGGACUCUUGGGCUCUGUGCCUGAGGGAAAACGUUUCACAACUAGUGGCUGCCCAAUUGCUGCUGACCAGUUGUCUUAGAAAUGGUCAAUUGGAUUCAACUUGUGUCCUCUCCUUCCCCCUAAAAGCGAAUGUUUGUGUGUGCAGACAAUCUCAGCAUGAAAAUGGUUUAAAUAGGCUGGUCCUACAUGUAUUAGGUUCUUUCAAGUUUGACUGGGAGGUCACAUUUUUCUGAUUUACAAGUCCCAAUUGUUGGAGCUCAGUAAAGGCAGGAGGAAGGUGGCUGGUUAGUCCCCCUCCCC